AUGCAUUUCUCACAAAUUGCCAUUGUCGCUCUUGCGGCUGCUGCUCAAGCUGUCGACGUUCAAGUCGUUGCUGUAGGCCGCAAUGGAGCGACAAAUGCAACCGGCCUCAAGUUCUGGCCCGAGAAGAUCACAGCCGAACCCGGUACCAUGGUGCAGUUCCAGUUCUGGACAGGAAACCACACAGUCACACAAUCUACUUUCGACGACCCUUGUAUGCCAAUUGGAAAUGUCAACCCUAGCGUUGAGGGCGUCUACUCUGGCUACAUGCCUGUCGCCGCCAGCAUGUCCAAGGGCAUGAUUCCUACCUACACCAUCACCAUCAAGGACAAGAAGCCCAUGUGGCUCUUCUGCAGCAAGGCCCAGCACUGCCAGGGCGGUAUGUCUAUGGUUAUCAACGAAGAUUCUUCUUCCAACUCAACAAAGACCCUCAGUGGCUACAAGGAGAAGUGUAAGGGCACCACAGUCUCCGAAGUCGUCCCAGUCAAGUCUGGCGGUGCUCCCUCCGGUGGCUCCGGUGGCAACGGCACUAUUCCUGGCGGCAACGGCGGUGGCAGCUCCGGCGGCAAUGACGGAAACUCUGAUGACGAUAGCUCCGGUGAUGACAGCUCCGAUGACGGUAGCAGCUCCGGUGGUGAUUCUUCUUCUGGCGAUGACAGCAGCUCCGAUGAUGACUCUUCUUCUGACGAUGGCUCUGACGAUGGGUCUGAAGAUGGCAGCGGCUCCGGCCUUGGUGGUACACCCACUGACGGCUCGCCCUUGACCCCCGGAUCUGCUGGCACACCAACUGCUGGCACACCUGUUGUCACAGCUGGUGCUGCAGACCUCUCUGCACCCUUGUCGAUGCUAGUAGCAGUUGGUGCCGCCGCCCUCUGCGUGCUGUAG